AUGGCUAUCCUAUCUUUGAAAAGAGCGCUGGUCUCCGCCAUUCUCCUCAUCUCAACCUCCCACCGAGCCUCCGCACAGGAUACGUUCUCAUUCCUACCGAGCGCGGCAACCUCAAAUUUCCCAGCAUGCGGCCUCCAAUGUCAGCUCCUCCUCGAGGCUCAAUCAGCCUGUGUCCCGCCCCAGGCUAGAGUCAGCAAUACCGAUACCUACGUUUCUUGCUUUUGCCAGUCAUCCCUGAUCUCGGGUCUGCCGUAUACCGCUUCCAUGUGUCCCACCUGCACGUCUGCUUCAGAUCAACAGCUGUUGAUCAAUUGGUAUAAAAGUUAUUGCGCUGGUGGAUUCCGGUCCACUUUGACUAAUACAGCGACUGCCACGACGUCGACUGUCUCCAGGACAACUAGUACCACCUCUACUACAAGUACUACCACCGCGCCUGCGCGCAAAGGGACCUCAUCAUCGUCGACCGGUGUUUCUAGUGACUCGAAGAGCUGGUUCUCCACUCACUGGCAAUGGGUACUAAUGUUGAUCAUCCUGGUGAUCGGUUUCUCCGCACUUGCCGCCGGAGCCGUAUGGCUGAAGAAACGUCUCGACGCCAAACAACCAGGUCUUUAUCACGGUGACGACCGACGCGAUGGUGGUGCCUCUGGAGGUGGCGGUGGUCCAGCAGCGGCAUUUUUGCCAGGAAGCCUGCGCAAUUUGUCCCGAAAUAAUCUUAACAGUAACCGUGCAUCAACAACCAAUAAUAGUAGCACCAGCAAUGUCGUUGCCGGUAGCUCGAGAAUCCCCAAACAGCCAAGCAUGUCGACAAUGAGUUUUUCGAAUCGCCGCUCCCUGAGCAAUUCUAUAAGCAAUCAAAAUACGAAUAAUGGCCAUCAAAUGUGGGGACCCAAUCAAGCGCGCGAUUUUGAUAACGUCGCCCCUGUCGAAGAGCCCGUUUUCAGGAAUUCAAUGGCCUCAGCGGCAGCAGCAGCAGCAUUCCGAAACGGAGGGGCCGGAUCAACAACAUCAGAAGGAGCAGAAGGGAUAGGAAUAGCGACUACAACAGCGAACAACUCACGAACCGAUAUAUCGAGUGUCGGCACCGGAGACGGAAGAGCAACACCUAGAAAUCUGAACAGAUUGAGUAUGCAGUCAGCAUCAGCAUCGAAUUUACAUCAACAACAACAAAUGCUGCAGCAGCAACAGCCACUGUUACAUCAACAACAAUCGCAACGGGAGCUGCAGAGGCCGAAAUCUGCAAGUCCCGUUAGUUCGAUUCAUGAUUAGAAAAUUUUUUUUUCCCUUCGAUGUUCGUCUGUGUCUUUUUGGGGGGUGUUUUUGCAUGCAUGCAUAUAUAAUCAAUUUUCUCUUCCGUCUGUGAGCAUCAACCGUGUCAUAUCUUUCCUUUUUGUCGGUUACAUAUUGCACUUGGGUGUACGUACGGUGUUUAUUAUAUUUUGGGUAUCAUGACCGUGUUGAUAUAGCUUUGCUCUCUCUCUUUUUUGUCACUGUCUCUCCCUGUCUGAGAUACUCCUUGGCUGAUCAAGGUUUAAAGUUUCUUUACGGUUAUCUGUCUCCUUCGGAAUGUUGGAGUUAUUGUUCCGUUGUCUGAUCUACACAUUCCUUCUGGAUUUUUGCUUGAUUCGAAUUGAUAUGCAAGGGAUGGAAUAUUUGGAUAUGUAUAGAAGGAUGUAAGGGACAGCCUGUGUACGAUUACUAGGUACAUCUAUCAUCCAGACUGACUAUAAUUCGGCACCCUGACAUUUCGGGUUACAUUUCGCACAUUUUACACUCUCUAAAUACAAACGUACUAGUACAUCACGACACACUAAUACUAACGAUCUUCACAUCUUCCUCCGGUUUCUCCUUCUUAACCCUCACGUUCUCAAUCCGAUGCACAACAUCCAAUCCUUGAACCGCCCUGCCAAAAAUCGUAUGUUUCCCAUCUAACCACGGCGUCUUCUCCGUCGUUAUAAAGAACUGUGACCCGUUCGUGUUAGGUCCCGCAUUCGCCAUACUCAGUGUGUAUGGUUUAUCAU